AUGCAGACUCAUCAACUGUGUCUCGGCUCUCAAUUAAUUGGAGCGCCGCGGCGGCCGCGANACGGAAAUCAUAACGCGGUCAUAUUUUCAAACGCGGUAGUAAGAAUAGUAGUGUGCAAUGCAGACUCAUCAACUGUGUCUCGGCUCUCAAUUAAUAAGAUUGCGGCGGUGGCGGCACCGCCGAUGGUGCGACGGAGCGUGACGCACUCGAUGCCGCCGGAGAAGGCCGAGGUGUUCAAAUCGCUCGAGAGUUGGGCCCGCCGGGCCCUCUUACCGCUGCUGAAGCCCGUGGACCAAUGCUGGCAGCCCACGGACUUCCUGCCGGACUCGGCCCGGCCCACGGAGGAGUUUGGGGCCCAGGUUCGGGAAUUGAGGGCCCGGUCGGCGCAAUUGCCCGACGAGCUACUUGCAGUGCUUGUGGGGGACAUGGUGACGGAGGAGGCGCUGCCGACGUACCAGACGAUGAUCAACACGCUGGACGGGGUGCGGGACGAGACCGGGGCCAGCGCGAGCCCGUGGGCGGUGUGGACGCGGGCGUGGACCGCCGAGGAGAACCGGCACGGUGAUGCGCUCGGGAAGUACCUGUACCUCUCCGGCCGCGUCGACAUGCGGAUGGUCGAAAAGACGGUGCAGUACCUCGUCGGCGCGGGAAUGGACCCCGGCACGGAGAACAACCCCUACUUGGGCUACGUCUACACGUCGUUCCAGGAGCGGGCCACGUUCGUCUCGCACGGCAACACGGCCCGGCUCGCCAAGGCCCGCGGCGACGCCGUCCUGGCCCGGCUCUGCGGCACCAUCGCCGCCGACGAGAAGCGGCACGAGCACGCGUACGAGCGCAUCGUGGAGCAGCUCCUGGAGCUCGACCCGGAUGGCGCGGUGAUUGCCAUCGCCGACAUGAUGCGCAAGCGCAUCGCAAUGCCGGCGCACCUCAUGCACGACGGCCGGGACGCGCGGCUGUUCGAGAACUUCUCUGCAGUGGCCCAAAAGAUCGGGGUAUACACCGCGGGCGACUACGCCGGGAUAGUAGAGUUUUUAGUCGACAGAUGGAAACUGCAGCAGUUGGAGAGAGGACUGAGCGGAGAGGGCCGGAGGGCCCGCGAUUUUAUAUGCGAGCUGGGCCCGAGGAUGAGGAAGGUACAGGAACGGGCCGAGGAUCGGGCCGCGAAGGCCCGGCCCAGGAGGGUCCGGUUUAGUUGGUUGUUCGACCGGGAAGUGGUGGUGUAGUGAACUAAUGCUUGUUUCUAAUUUGUAGUGAAUGAAUGAACCUUUUGAGGUUUUCUAAAUUAGUUAAGAAGUUGAGGUUUCGAUCCUCUACUUGUUUUAUCUGAACUAUGAAUCAUUUUAAAUUAGAUUGCA